AUGUCUAACGUGGAGAAUGUGUGCCCGCAAGUGCUGCGCGGAGUGGCGCGUGAGCUGCGGCGGCUCGCAGCCAGUCCACCCGCGGGCAUCAAGCUCGUCUUGCGCGACGACGACCUCACCGAUGUAGUGGCUCAUAUGGAGGGCCCCGCGGGCACGCCUUACGCGGGUGGCACAUUCCGCGUGCGCCUGGUACUGGGGCGCGAGUUCCCGGCCGCGCCCCCGCGCGCCUACUUCCUCACCAAGCUCUUCCACCCCAACGUGGCGCCCGACUCGGGCGAGGUCUGCGUCAACACACUAAAGCGCGACUGGCGCCCCGAGCUAGGGCUGGAGCACGCGCUGCUGGCCGUCAAGUGUCUGCUCAUCGCGCCCAACGCGGAGUCAGCGCUCAACGCCGAGGCGGCCGCGCUAUUGCGGGACCGCUACGACGACUACUUCGCGCGCGCCAAGCUGCUCACAGACAUCCACGCGCGCGCUCCCCAGUCCGCGCCGCCGCGUCGUCGGGAGGGCGGCGACGCGUCGGACGGCAGCGCGGCGAGCGGCGUGGCAGCGGAUGGAGACAGCGGGCCGCAGGCCAAGCGCGAGCGACGCGCGGGCGCGGGGGGCGCGGGGGCGGGCGCGGGCAAGGCGGCGCGCCGAGUACUCAAGCGGUUAUGA